AUGGCGACGAUCUUUCCAUUUCCAGAAAGCAGUACUAAUUUUCAACAUGCUGUAAACCUCGUACCGAAGCCGGCUGCAGCCUAUGGACUACCUCUACGUCCAAAUAAAUGCAAGCAGAUGUGUGUCUCUUCGAGACCACGAACGGAAACCAGGGUGGACGGACAAUCGAACGUACUCGGCGGUGAGUUCUGUUACCUUGGCCGUAUGCUGAAGAACAACGACAACUACGAGAAAGAUAUUCAGCACAAAUGCUCUGAGGCUAAUUUUACAUUUACCUCCAUAACAAAAUGA